UGUUCUCUAUGAAAAGGUUUUCGCGUGUUACUCAAGCUAAAAACAGAAAUUUCAAUCUGACGAUCGUUCAAAGACAGUUUAGCUUACAGACAGUUCAGAGGCUCUUAGAUGAAGUUCCUAAUAUUCUUGGCGAUAUUUGGGCUGGCGCUGCUUACAGUCGAUGCUGCUAAUAGCAAGAGAAAGGAAGUUAGCUACAGCAUUAGAUCAACAUGGCUAAGCUACAGGAAGCAAGACCAAUGCAGUUGUAUGUGCAAUGAACAAUGGCAAGAAGGUGUUCAGGACUAUCAUGACGGAUGUGAAAGAGCUACCUCGCAAUACGAAGGUGACGCGAAUCCUCUAGCUGCCGUAGUUAUGGAUUCAUUCCGGGAAUUUCUGACGAUAGUGAUGGAAUCUGCUAAUUCCAACUCAACGAUAUUGAGCUCCAGCGGAAAGUCAAUGCUAAAAUCGAUGAGUAAAUGCAAGAAGCUCGACCGAUCUUCCAUGGUGAUUCUCACUGAAUUCGAGAAAGUUUUCCCGUUGGUGGCAAAUGAUCUCAGAAUUGUCGCAUUGAGGUUGAGCAAUCACAUUGGCCAUCUUGCAAAAUCCUUUACGGAUUCUGUACAGGAGCUCAGCUGUGUGUUUUCACAGUAUAUGCGAGAUCUUCUGUCCAGUUGCAGAUUGACUGGAUGCAAAAAGAAAGUUGAUCUCGAGCCUUCGCUGAAAAAAUUGCAAAAUCUGAUGAAUCUGGUGGCGUUAAUUUCGGAGACGCUAUUAAAGGAUUGCAACCCGUCAAUUGAAGCACAACAGUCAGUGUUGGUGCUUUCUGUCAUAUUUUGGUGGUUCCAGAUCGUCGUUCAAGGGAUAAACACUGCCACCAUGGAUAUACUGGGCCGAAGAGAUUGCGAGGUAUCACAAAAUAUCAAAUCGCUUUCGUUGUCAUUCGAUUUUGUGCUCGUGUCGAUUACCCAAGCCAUUUCUGGCGUUGUUGCGUCAUUUGUCAAAAAUAUCAAAGGAUUUCUGAGCAUGUUCGUCAACAUAACCCUGGCUUUGAAUACGGCGAUAAAGGACAUCUUUGGUGUAUUUAACGGAGUGACGGUAACUGUUGCCGAGAUAGCACGGAAUUUAUUCAAAAGUCUCGAGAUUACGUCUGCAACAGGACGAACGAACAUUGUAAAGGGAGUGAGGGGUUCCAAUUAACUUGAAUG